CUCUCCAGACAUCAUCGCAUUGUUUCUGCAAACAGAACCAGUGCUGCAUUGUUCCCCCCAAUGGCUACGGGAGGCCGACCAUUGCCUAAGUUUGGAGAGUGGGAUGUGACGAACCCUGCCUCAGCUGAAGGAUUUACUGUUAUAUUUAACAAGGCAAGAGAUGAGAAGAAGAUCAAAAAGUCCAAUGCAGCUGCUGUACAACUGGUUUCUCCACGAAGGUCAGAGGUUGAUUACUCUAAGAAAGAAGACUACAAAUUUCAUCCCAAGAAAAAGUGGCUUUGCUGCGCAUUUGGUUGAAUCUGCUCAACUUAUAAAUUGAUUAAUUAACUUGGCAGAGGUAUUCUUAGAUGCGGCGUUUCUUUAUCAGUAUCCCUGGCUUACUACUGCUGGAGCACUAAAUUGUGUGAUCUUUUUUUUUUUUUUUUUUUUCUCCUUUUCUUUCUCCUUUUUGUUUUAUGAUUACAUUCUGGAGUAUUUUUUUUAGGGUGAUCUUGUGGUACAUUGAAGAAACCAUACACCCUUCAAUCUUAAUGGUUGGAAAGGUGUUGAUACUUGAAGGUACCAUUAAAAGAACUCUUUUCUCCUUAAUUAACAGAAAGAAAAUAAUGGAAUGAUAUAGAGGAACAUUCCUUCCUUGUAUGGAAA